UCUGAGUCGGGUUGUAUAGUUGAAAUUGAAAACUUGUAAAGGAACUUCUAUAAGUUAUCCUCCCUCCUCAUGGCUUCUGUUGACAUCAGAGAACCCAAAAAGGAGUGCCUGUGGCAAUAUAAGAGCCAGACUGACGAUCAUCCAUUGAUAAAAGAACUAUUUGACAGACAUCAUGAAUACCCGGACACACCAGCCAGGUUUACAGUGGGUUUGGUUUCAUCUGAAGGUAGCAAGUCUUCAUCAGAUUUCACAACAGAACCAUUGGAGAUAGAGAUUGGAAUACAAGACUUGGUCAUCUCCGGGAAGUCCUUCAGGAUAGAUUGUGUUAGAUACGUUAUUCCACAUGUCAUAGAAAACACCUUGUCAUUGUUGAUUUCAGUGCGUAGUACCAGUGAAAAUUCUUACUCCAUUUCCUAUACUGUAAAACCAGCAGAUGGGUAUGAGGCAGUGUGUAUUCUGAAUCUGAUCAGGAAAUCAAUGUUUAGUAAAAUAAUAAAGGAAGUUGGGUGUGAUCCUGAACUAGCAGUAAAAGCUAUGAACUUUAAUCAGCUACUUUUUGAUGAGAAUCUUGAGUGUUCUGUGACAACACAGCCUGAUGUUAAGGAGUUCCAUGUAAGGGUAGACAAGGAAUUGUUGUGCUUCUAUCUCAAUCAGUUUGAACCUGUACCUUGUGUAGAACUUUUCUUCUGGAAGGAAAGGGGAAAUAAUGUCAUUGAGCGUGUAAUGAUGAUCAAUGAAACUGGUGAGGUCAGAUUCGAAAGUGAGGCUGCCACAGUCUUAAUUAAAGACCAAAGAAAUAUGGACAAAUUCAAAAGUGUUAUAAGCAGCAACUCCUCCAAGUCUAGAGAAAUCUUCCAAGAUUACUCUUCUCUGGCAAAACACCUUGGUUUCCAGCCACAAGUACAGGGACCAGGACCCUCACAAUAUCAAGGAGAAGACCAAAGUGGCUGGUAUGAACAAAGGAAGUACCCAGGCAAUUCAUUCGAAGAAAUGAUAGAUUCCUUGCUGUCUGCAGAAGACAAGUGUAAGAACACUGAUUUAUAUGAGACAAUAUCACUGCAGUGGAUCGUUACUCAUGACGAGAUCCUGGAAAUCCUCAACUCAGGAUUAGUUCCUCCCAGUGACUUCCUCAGUGGAGGUUUAGAUCCAGAUGAUCCAGUUCAUUUUAGAAAAUGUUUAGAAGAUUUAGAGGAGAAGAUGAUGAAAGAACAAAGGUAUGACAUUGCGCUGUCACACGUUCAGGGUAUGAAACAGAUUUUUGCUGCAUGUACCAGCUCCAGCAGUUUACAAAACCUGUUAAAAAACAGUGACCUUGACCUGCUUAAAAUGGUCUACCUGAGGUCUUGGUCAGGAUCUAGUAUGGACUCCUAGAGAAUUUGAAAAUACCCGUAUAUGGAUAUUUUGAGAAUCUUGCUUGUGUUUAGAGAGAUAGAGAGUGAGUUGAUACCGGUGUGUACAUCUUUACAAUUUAUAAUGGAGAAUACUUCUAUUGUAUAUUUUUAGCUAAUUUGAAAAUCCUAUUUAUUGUGGAAAUUACGUUGUAUUGUACUUUUGAAGUUGAUUUUUUUUAUUUCUGGAAAUGAAUGCAGGCAGUUGAUU